CCUCAUGAAUGUCUCUCUCGAAGUUCUCGGACUUGUAGCUCAACUGCCUAUUUCUAGCUCGUCUCUCUCCCUCUCUUCCUCUCACUUUAUAUAGGCAUAGCUGCGCUUCCACAACGUCUCUCUGGUCUCACGGUAUAAUUCGUCUGACUCUCUAGGGUUUUCAUUUUGCUGUUCUUAUGGCAGUAGAGGUAGUAAUUAGUUAUCUAACUUUUGGGAUACUGUCAUGACUGCUUGUUUGUGUCUGUAUGGCAUGACCGUUUGUUUGUGUCUGUAUGGCAAUCAGUUUUCUGGGAUUUAAUCUCUUUUAGUCCAUUUUAUUACUUGAAAAUAAGACCCUUUUGACAGGAGGUAUGAGAGAAGUUGUGACUAUCCAAGUUGGGAGUUAUGCCAACUUCAUCGGUUCUCACUUCUGGAACUUUCAGGAUGAAUUGCUUGGAUUGGCUGAGGACCCUCAGAGCAAUGAAGUGUUUAAGAGUCACCAUCUUGAUAUGGAUGUGCUCUACCGUUCUGGUGAAACACCACAGGGCAUUCUUACAUACACGCCUCGCUUGGUUUCAGUUGAUUUUCAAGGUUCUCUUGGAUCCAUGAGUUCACGUGGUACACUGUACAAUGAUAUCCCACCUGUACAAUCUGAUGUUGUCACAUGGACUGGUAACAUCUCCACUCAUGCAACUGAACGUCGAACGAAGAACUUGUUCUUGCAAAGUUUAUAUGAGGAAGAACAGAAAAGAUUGGGGAUGGAGAAUGGUGUUAAUGGUGGGAAGAAUGAUUCUGAGGGUGAAAUUCAAGAUAAGGACAUUGUAGAAUGUCUACAAGAUGGUGUUCAAAAUUGGACAGACUUUUCAAAAGUCCACUAUCAUCCCCGGAGUUUGUAUGAAUUAACUGGACUAGGAAUGGACAUUGGGGAAUUCGAGAGUUAUGGAAUUGGAAGGGAUGCCUUCUCUGAGGCUUUACGAGGAGAAGAAAUAAAUGAGAGGCUUCGUUUUUUCAUGGAAGAGUGUGACCAUAUUCAGGGAAUUCAAUUUAUGGUUGAUGACUCUGGAGGAUUUUCUGGUGUGGCUGCAGAAUUUUUGGAGAAUAUUGUGGAUGAGUACACAAACGUUCCAAUGUUGCUCUAUACGGUCCGGAGCCCUGGCUCUUACAUUAACCUCACAAGCCGGAAGCAGACAAUCUCUCACUCUCUUCAUGAUGCAAUUUCAUUUGCAAAAUUGUCAUCCUUGUGUAAAUUGAUCGUGCCUAUUGGUUUACCCUCCCCGAGUAAAACUUCCAGGUUUCUCUCCAUAAAAGACGAAAAGCCUUACUACUCCAGUGCAAUUUAUGCAUCUGCACUGCAUUCUAUUAGUCUCCCUUUCCGAAUGGAACCACUUGGUCCCAGUGCAGAAUCCCUUUAUAUAUCUGGUGCUGUGGAUAUAAAUGGGGUCAUACAAAUGUUAGCUGGCCAAGCUAGGCAUAAUAGUGUUGCUAUUCUGGAUGUUGCAAUGCCAGCUCCUCCUCUCAGUGGGGAACAGGUUGAGCAAUCUUUGUUAGGGAAUUUGCAGACAUUGACCCCAGGGACAGCAGAUAAUGUGGAAGACUUGCAAGCAGUGGAAUCCAUGACUGUUCAUGGAGCCAUUGGUUCUGGAGGUCAGCAGGCCUCAGUUUCUGAAGUAAAGGACAGAGUUCAAGAUGCUUAUGAAAAUGCACUCGCAAGGCCAAUGUUCUCUCAUCUGUCAGUGGCUCGUUGUCCUCUUCCAAUACCCUUGCCUUUUCCUUCAAUAUUCGGGAAUCUUGUUAGCCAAAAUGGGGAGCUGUUGAGUAGCCCAAUUUCAGGUUCCCGGUCAAGGGGAUCACUUGAUGUCCAUUCAAUACCCAUGGCAGCAAGAUUGCGUUCUAGUGCUGCUGUCUUGCCAUUCUUGGAAAAGAGGUUGGGAAACCUUCGGAGGUUUGGAAUUGAGCGAGUAGCUCUUGGGACCGAGAUAGUUAGAAGUUGGGGUUUUGGACAGGAGGAAGUGGAAGACAUUGGAGAGACACUUUCUAAGAUGGUUACAACAUUGGAUCCUCGUUCGCAAGUAUCAUCGGAUUCAGAUUGAGGCUUGUCAAUGUAUAUAGCCAUUGUGUUGAUACAUGUUCAUGUACUCGAGUGAGUUCUGUAUCCUUUUUUAUGAACUCUUUUACAUGGAUGAUUGAUCAUUUCCCAAGCCGUCGCACUUUGACUAAUGUUGUUUCUGGAAGUAUUCUAUUUUCCCUGUAAUAUAGUCUUUUGCGGCAAGUCUGUCAUGCAGAG